AUGUCCGGAGGCAUUGAGGAGCCAUACACCAUCGCCACACUUCCCAAGCCGCGUGAUGACGGUCGCAUAUCGGCCGCACUCGUGCACAGCCUGAAUGGAUCGAGAAAGAGGAAGAGGCACGAGAUUGCCCUGGGCAUCGACGGCGAAAGCGUGAACAUCUACAAUGUAAUGAGUACAGGAGCAAUCGACUCACGAACUGUACGCUGACAAUUGAAUAGGUUCAGACCCAAGACAUUGCCAGCUCUUAUGCACUUCCUCCACAUUCGCGACUUGCAGCUCCACCGUGUUCGAUCUACUGCCGACGAGCGAAACCGCUCCACCCACAACGCCAGACCUAUCUUGCAGUACGAGAUGGUCCAAACAACAGUAAGGCGCGGAUUUUGAGCAUAAGAGAGAACCUGGGCAAGCCGUUAGAGAAAGAGCAGCCGCCGAGAGUGCCUGUGAAGUCGGAACGUAAACUCGCGAAUGGACACAUCGUCGGCAUAGACAUCAUCGCUUCCAACAACGGGACAGAACCAGAAGACCAGUCCGUCAUCGUCUCCUACACGGACGGGAAAGUCGAGUGUAUUCCUGGCGAUCUGUCUGGGUCCAGAUGGGAGCAAGCAUCGGACAACAAAAUCCAUGUCGAAUACGCCACGCUCUUAGACUGCGAGGCCGCUCGUAAAGGUCUCCUGAAGGGUCGCGAAGAUGUUCUGGCCGCCUUGGAUCCUACUAUCACCGAUAGCGCCGAAAGCACUGCGCCUCCAUUACUCUUCCAACUGACACGAACUCGAGAUGGCGACGGCAGGCAAAUACGACUAUUUGCGCUUCGCAAUACUACCGGGCUUUUCGUGCAGGGACUUCGCAAUCCCAUGGAGGAGUUACUGGCCUAUGAUCUGCCCUCGCGACAUACCACAUCUUCUGAGACUGGACAGUAUGAGCUGCAUGCUGCUUCAGGACUCCUCUAUCAGAGACUGGCCACGCGCUUGACAGUUUACGACCUGUCUGGAACGCUUCCUAAGGCAUCGUUUGAGCUUGGCCGUAAAGGGUCCCCGCGCGUCAGCAGCUUCGUGCGCCUAUCUUCCGCCACACUUCUCGCAGUCUCCCAGGAUGCGCUGGCAGUGUAUGAGACAAAGUACGGCUCAAUGCUAAGCUCACUUGCAUACCCUCCGAAGGCGACAAGUCAAGUAGCUCCAGUCACUGCUGAAAGCCAAGAACAGAAGUCGCUAUCCAUAGUUGCACAAUUCUCUGAUCUUGGUGUGGUUGUGGCACUCUCGGGAAACAGCCUCGUCGCCUGCCAAGUCGGCGAUAUGCUCGAUGACGGAAGACGUGCUAGAGCCCAUGGUGCUCUGUUGAUUGACGUGAUGGGCAAAGCCAAGUUCAUCGCAGACUCUGAGCCUUCAGAGCUCACUACAAAGAGGGAACAGAAGAGGCAGAAAUGGCUCGAAUGGACAUCCAAAGUGGAUCGCUACUUCCAAGAGCGAGAUUUGGGCGCUCUAGAAGAUCUGAUUGCGCGAGAUAUCCACCUCAAGGAUGAGGACCAUUUGCACCAGCAGGGUCUGCUCAAUGGGUCAAGUGGAACACAGGAGCCUGCUUACUGGGAGCUUCCACCAUAUACAUAUGAUCCUCGACAUUUGGAUGGCAAGAAACCUACCUACAUUCUUGGAAAGAUGUUUGCGUGGCGCAAUCCCAUUGAUCUGGCGAGACGACAUGAACACAACCUAGAGAUCACCCUGCUUUCCCGAAACAUCCUGCGAUGGCUUGCGAUGGCAGGUUUCCUCAAUCCAGCGCAAAUCCAGUACGUGCUUCCUGAGGUAGCUGCUGGAUUCGAGUCGAAGCCUCACGUAGCGCCUGGUGACAUAAUGGCAGCCAUUGCAGAAGCCGAGCCAAGCUUUAUGCUCAUGAGCGACUUGGUAUCGCUGCCGAUACAUUGGGAUCUUGCCGAAGUUGUGCAAGGUCUGCAAAUGUUUAUGCGCUCUCUCGAGGAUAGAGACCCUGGUGAGCCCGGCGAUGAUUCCGCCGAUGUGGAUGUCACCAUGACUUACGACGUCGAUGAUCAAAGCCGUCUAGAAGCUGAAGUGGACGCAGCAGGGAAACAGUUGACCCUCGCGGAAAGUGCGCUGAUAUCUGGGUUGCAGACCAGAAGCAAUGUGUGCAAGUUGCUGCUCACUCGCCUCCAAGCGUUUCCACAGAAGCAAGUCUCGCGCAUGAUGCACAACAUGCUGACACACGAGGACAUUGACUUCUUCAUCUCUAUCCUCCGUAUCGAGCUGUCUGAUGGCGGCUGGACCACUUCAUACGUUGAUCAGACUAUCCCAGAGCAAGUGAACCCUACUGGACUGGGUAGUGCUCAAGAACACGUCCCGAGCAACCAAGGCAUACGCAAUAUUGCACACCUUUUCAGCUGCGCGAUGGACGCCGUAGGCCUCAGCGGAUGGCUAGUCGGACGCAGUGGAGAAGCGGCUGCAACGCACCAGUUGAUUCAGGAUAUUCGCAACGAGGUCAGUGCUGCCGCAGAGGGCCUUUUUGAGCUCCGAGUCAUCGGUGCUUCGUUACAGGAUGUCUGCAAGGCAGCCGGCCAGGUCGAACAACAGCCGCAGCAGCUCAAGCGCAAAUGGCAACUGUCUGAAGAGGAAGAGCCUGGGCCGGAGGAGAAGAUGUUGCCGCUCUGUGGUCGGAUUGAACCACCUACGUUAGGAGCCGGCUCGAAGGCCAUGAAGCUGUCUCGGGCUGCUAUGGCAGAGCAGAGGAGUAAGAACGUGGGCAAGUACUCCUUUGAGCGGAUCCGGUUCUAA